AUGUCUACUUGCUUAAAUAGUGGAGCAGUUGAAUCUUCAGGUUCUAGGCAAGGUAUGGCAUUAUCAGAAUACGACGAGAUACGUAAACCACAUCCUAUUAAAGGUGGUGAUACAACUGUAUCUAUUGGUUCACGAACAUUAAAAACAGAAUUAACAUGUCCAAUAUGUUUAGAUUUAUUACAGACAACCAUGACAUCAAAAGAAUGCUUACAUCGUUUUUGUGAGCAAUGUAUAACAUUAUGCCUCCAACGUGGAAAUAAAGAAUGUCCUACGUGUAGAAAGAAAUUAGUAUCAAAAAGGAGUUUAAGGAGAGAUGAAAACUUUGAUUCUCUGGUAAAUGCCAUUUUUCCAGAUCGUAGGUUAUUCGAUGAACUACAAAAUGCUGUUAAUGCAAAAUUUGAUGAGAAGGCAAAUUUAGAAGCUUUACAAAAAAGUAUUGCAGAAGGUAUGAAAGCACAAACCGCUGCUAAAAAGAAAGUUAAGUUACAAACAAAUAAUGAAGUUCCAAAAAAAAAGCGUAAAAAUAAUAAAAAAGAUUCUUCUAAUGUGGGUGAAAGUUUGGAUAGUAUAGAAGCAAAUGAAGAAACUGUUAGUAUAGGAGAUUUAUCAGAUGAGGAUAUAUCAUCAAUAAGUAGUUGUAGUACUGAUUCAAGUGAUUCUUCAACUACUGAUAGUUCAGAGGAAUCUUUGGUGCCUUCAGAGAUGUCUGAUGCAACGUCAACUGCUACAACUUCUGUAUCACAUCCAUCAAUAUCUAGGGAUGGUUCUGCCUCAAGGGAUGUUGAAAGUAACGGUAGAGAAAAAGAUUUUAAAAUGCGGAUGAAUAAAUGGUUAACAGAUUCUAGAGACUCUCCGGCUCGGAGCAAUGAUGGUUCUGGAUCGUCAAAAGAUAAAAUGUUAGAUAAAGAUAAUUUGAUAAAUCGUUUAAAUAAAGAAAAAAUUGAAAUAGAACUCAAACCAAAUGAAAAUUUGUUAGAGGAUAAAAAAACAAAUAAGCAAUUAAAAAGAUCGAGAUUUAUUUGUGUGCAUGGUAAUGUAACUUUUAGUCAUUUACAAAAAUAUCUUCAAAAAAUUUGUGAUACAAGUGAUGAAAUGUAUAAUGGUAAAUUUAAUUUUACAUUAAAUGAUGGAAGUCAAAGAAUUAUUGGACAUCAAGAAACAGUAGCAACAUUAUUAGAAUCAAUUGGACAACAAAAAAGUCACCUAGUAAUUAUUUUUAAUGCUUUGUAA